UAAAUGUUGCGGGUGCCGAUUGUUCCUGCACUGGUUACACUUGUUCAAGAUGGACGGGAUAUUUUAGGUUAGGUUGUGAACCUACGAGUCUUUUGUGAUAGCUGUUUUCCCGCAAUACGGAAAUUACAUUGUUGCUAAUUAAUGCACGUAAAUGACGUAUAACUCUUCUUUACAUCUAGCGGUUGCUCGUAUUUUUUUAUUAUGAAGAGACGCCAGAGAAGGCCGGUUUUGACGAUCGAUAAACCGCAAAGUACUUAUCAUGUCGAACACGUGCAAAGUAGAUAUAAGCCAGUGAACAGUGCACAGCCUGUACAAAGUGAAGCUGAGAAUCCAUUAGCCAACCUGUUAUGUCAGUACAAUUCUGACAGUGAUACAGAGGAUCCCAAAAAGGAUGUGCACAAAUUGGAUGACCAAGUCAAUGAUUUCUUGAAAGAAAUUCAACUUAUCGCUCCCGAACAGCCCGCCUGUAAUAUUGCCAAAGAUCCAAAGUUAACAGCCAGGAUAAAUUCACAAUCUACACAUCAUACGGGUCAACAAACAUUAUGGCAAGAAUGUUAUGACAAAACCAGCGGUUAUCCUUACUACUGGCACAUCGAAACUAACGAGGUAACAUGGGACAUGCCGGAGGAGCUACGCUUGAUAAGGAAACAAUCCGAGAUGGAGUCUGUGAUAAAACCUUCGGUUCAGGGUCCACAUUGGGUGGACUUUUCAUCUAUCACAUAUCGACAGUCGCAAGCAAAUAUACCAGAGGGUAUGAUACCGCAGGAGGUGGUGGCGAGGAAUCGUAACAGAUUGAUUCAUAAGGAGACAGCAAAGAAAUGCUUCUUGGAAAGCAAGGUAGAAACAAAAAACGAAUCCCCUACGAAGGACGACGAUUCUGACGACGGGCGGAUAGAGAUGAUAACGUCAUUUGGCAGUGACGGAAGCGACUCGGAGGAUAAUUCCUCGGACGAGAAGAAGACGACGAUACUGCCGUCCGAAUUAGGAAAUUCUGCGCUGUACCUAAAGAGCAGCGAGAUAGGACCUGCGUUUUGUCCCGCAGUAAUGCAAGCGUCCGCCCGAAAUUUGUCUCGUUCUUACAAGCCUGACUCGACAGUUAACAUAUCAGGUUCUACGAAUCAACCCGAACAGUCUGACGAGAGCAGGCUAAUCGAUGGUAAUAAUGGCUCGCUUCAAGGAGAGAAGGAAUUUUUCACGGAGAAGAAAAGUAGAAAGGACGUUACCAAGCAUAACGCAGCUUCGAAAUUGGAUGUCAACGUGUCUUUAGUGCCCGGUUACGGAGACGAUUCGGACGUAGAGGAGGAAGUGAGACCCAAGCAAGAGAUGAAACCUUUGUUUCCGAUCGCUCAGGACGAGGACUAUGCGACUAGCACGUCGAAGGAUACUCACGAAGCCUUCGCGAAAAGUUCGUGCAACGUGCAGAGUUUCGAUCAGAGUAACGACGGUAAUGAAGAUACUCGAGAAACGAAGGGCGAUCAUGAGAAAACGGAGGAGAAGGAGUCGAAGGCGGAUGAAGACAAGUCUAAGACUAACAUAUUUCUUGAGGACAUGCAAGUGUGCGGGAAGGCUUUUCAACGGAAGAAGCGAAUAGCGUUUGACGUUACAUCCAACAAGAUUAAACAAAAUAACGUUUAUCAUGACAACGCGGUUCAAGACGAUAACAGCGAUCUCACAAGUAGCGCAGCUACUUUGCGCAAUAUCGACGACGGUGAUGCGGAAAUGCGUAAUCAGUUGUGUACAGAGGGCCCAAAGGAGUGUGAGGAGGCAUACGAAGAGACAGAGCAGUGCAUUAGUGCUAAACCUGAAGAAAAGCUCGGUUCCAGGGAAGAAUCGUGCGACACGGAAGUACCUGCGGAACACAAAACGGCGGCCAAUCCGGCCGAAGAACGAACCAACGAGGAGAUGAAUGACUUAUCGCAGAUUAUAAUGGAGAAAUUGAAGUUCCUUUCCGAAGGAAGGGGGAGCGUUUCUGCUGUUCAAACAAUGCAAAUUCAGUUACAGACAUUAUCUACUGCAUGGGCAACAGGUAGUUUAGAAGAAAAUUACUUUCAAAAAUGGCUGACUGAUACAAAUCAUGAAUUGGAAAGGUUAGAGCAAGAUGCAGCACCAGCUGGUUGGCUAUGCCAGUGGGAUAGGUCGCAUAAGCGGUAUUACUAUCACAAUACAUCCACUGGAACGUCACAGUGGACUUAUCCCGACACCGGUAUUGCCGGUGGUACUGAGGAGAUGGAAUUAUGCACGACUCCUCCGCCACCAGAAUCGGACGAGUUAUCAGUCACAGGAUCUCCCGGAGCGAAGAAGCCGAAGGAGAAGCAAGCCGAAGAGAUGGACGAUAAUAAGAGCGACGAGAACAUAGCGGAAGGACGCCCCGUGGAUUCGGAGACCACCCCGUCACAGACGUCCGAUCCGUCGCCGCCGUCGAGGACGUUUGAAGAAGACCCGAAGAAGGGCAAGAGGAAAAGAGAGAAAUUCGACGACAGAGCUUUGGACAUGAAGAGGAAGCGAAAAGAAAGGAUAACGGCUUUGGAUACGACUCAGGCGGUGAAUCCCGCCUUGGAAUCCGCCUUGUCCUACUCGCAAGCGGCUGUGUCACCGCAGACUUCGAUACCUGCGAAUCACGCGAACAUGGAGCCUCUGCCACCGGGCGUAGACUUGCCAGACACCUCUUACGAAGCGGCGACUUUAAAAGGAAUCAUCUACAACGCGACGUCCCAGCAAAGUAACGCGAUUUACGCGCCUUCGAUAGCGGACCCGACGAUACCUAUCCUGAGUCAUCAGCCGAGCUUGCUGCAAGAGCCGUUUGUUCACUACCCAACCUUCCAUCAGCAUCUGCAUAAUCAUACAAUCGCGAACAAGCACGGUGGACAGGGUACAAUUCAAUUCAUGCUGGGAUACGCGCCGAUCUACUCGAACAACAAAAUCAUCGCCAAGCCGCCAGUUAAGGCCGCGAAGGAAUCUCUAGGAUCCGCUCUUGACUCCUUUUACAAUGACAUCGCGCGUAUCGAGAGAACGGAAACGGAACGGGCAACGCAGCAUCAGGAUACUGCAACGAUGGAGCAAGCGCCCGUACUGGAAGAAGUAAAACUGCCAGAAACGGAACCGGAAUCCGUGCCUUGCGAUACAACAAUGAAGGAAAAGAAGAAGAGGAAGUCGAGAAUCAGCAUCAGCAAGAAGCAUAAGGAGGUGUCGACCAUGGUGGCAAAGUGGCAAAGGGUACAAAAGAACCUAGAAGACACUGUGUAAAUAAUAGAAGAGCGAGCGAGAAGUAAUUAAAUGCCGUUAAUUGUUGUACAACAAAUGAUAUUAUGUAGAGAUUGUAAUUCCGCAAAUUCGUGGUCUCCGCUGUACAUAUAUCAUGAUUUCCGGUGUCGCAAACUGCAGUGGCCUUCCGUGUCGCGUUAACGAUAUUUCUAUUGUCGAGAAGAAGAAACUCGCAUUUAAGAAUAAUCAUAGUGGCAUGUUGGUGGGAUAUCGUAGUCUCCUAUUUUCCAAAGUUAUAUAUUUUGAGUGAUGUCACAUCGAUCUGCUACUGUAAUUAUCGCAAACGAUGAGUGUGACUUAAGAUGUGGUUAUCGAAAUCAACGUGAAAUAUCGUCCAACAGAAUACAGAGAAUACCACCGCAGCUUUGAAUUUUACGCAUAUUUCAGAGUGUAUUAUGUACGAUAUCGCGCGUAAUAAUCGUGCAAUGAUAUCAUUCGUAUCAUAUAAUGCAGUACUUAUCUCUCGUGACUAUCUGUCUUAUGAUUUGUAAAACAGUAAAAUAAGUUCCGUGAUAAUUUUUAGAUUUCUCAAGCGUUUCAUUAUCGUCAUUAUCAUCUUCAUCAUUUUCAUUAUCUCAUUAUUAUUGUUAUUGUUAUUAUUGUUACUGUGCGCGUUUUAUAAAGAAUUAAAUGCGUGCGCGUUUUUACAAAUCGUUUCGCUCAACACCGAGAGGUACUGCUUGAAUCAAUGUAAGUUAUUUUUACACACACUGUACGAGGCGAUACUUAAAACUCUUAACCAAACAUGGUGGGAGGGAUCGUACUUUAUAGACACUCUGUGAACAAAGUGAAUUGAAAAUAAAUAGCGAAGCCUUUGUGAUAUUA